AUGGCGGUGCCAAGCGUCAGGGUGGUAAUGGGGUUGUUUUGUCUCCUCGCUGUGGCCGGGGUUUGUUCUGGAGCCGCUCGGGUGGGUGUGUACCUCAAGGUGGUUGACCUGCUGUCUCCGGGAGAAGAGCAACACCUGAACAAAACCGCGCUUCAGUACUUUUUCACACUUCUGGAGAAACGUGUGCAGUGUGCCGGUGCGCCGUGUGGAAAGUGCUUGUCAGAGGAGAGUGUCGGGCAGCUGGUGAGUAACUACUCCAGCUCCAGUGGUGUGCAGGUGGACGGUUUCUUCAAGUUGGCUGCUGGAUGCUCCCUGCUGCUCAGCUCCCCCUCACACACCUGCACGGCUAUCACAGAGGGAUACUGGGAACAGGAGACGAGACACUUUAUUCACACUCUGGACCACAGUGAGCAUGGCCUGGAUGAGCUCCUACAUGAUAUUGAAGAGCAUUAUCUCCCUGAACAUCACAAUGAGCCCUGCCUCACUCUGACUGACCUCCUGAAAGAGAGCCAAGUGACUCUGCCUGAGGGAGCCCAUCAUCACACUAACCCUCACACCGACCUCCAUACUGUGCUUGGUGUUCUAGUCUACCACGUCUUAUUGGGAGACUGCAUCACCCCUCAUCACAGCCUACCUGCAGAGAACUUCUUCCUGGAUUACAUAUUCAACAACUUUGGCACAAACAACAUCACUGUUCAAGAUCUCGAAAGGUUGAUGAAAGCUCUGAACCUGGGAGCGCAUGACCAUGAGCAUGACCACAACCACAAAGCCCAUAAUGAAGACAUGAGACUCAUCCAACAUGAUGAAGAGGGCCUCAGGCUGAGUCGCUAUGAGCCUCGGGUCUCCAACAACAGCUGGGACACGGUCUGUUUCCAUACCGAGGAGUUGUUAGAGAUCUAUCGGAUGAACAGCUCGGCACUGAACAGAGAUCAGUUCACUCGGCUGAGCCCAGCUCUGAUCCAGCAGCUCCUUAGUAAAGCCUGUACCGAGACCAAAACAGAGCCGGUGUCCGACUCUCUCAGCACCGCAGAGCGAUUCGGGUAUGCUACCCUGGCCAACCUGGUGAUCACUCUGACAGCCAUGUUUGGGAUCAUGGUGCUGCUGUUUACGUCGUGUACCACUGCGUUCCAACUGUGUAUUCAGUUCUGCAUCAGUCUUGCUGUGGGUUCGCUGACGGGUGAUGCCUUGCUCCACCUCCUUCCCUCGUUCUUGGGGUUACAUGUGCACAGCGAAGGAGGAAGUGAAAACGCACAUGACUAUAUGUACAUCUAUAAAAUCCUGGUGGUUUUGGGAGGGAUCUAUGCCUUCUACAUGAUGGAGACCAUAUUCUCAAUCAUCACUUACAAGGACAAACACUCUCAUCACCAUGGAGAGGACGACGAGCCGCACCACUGUGACCAUGGCAAAGUCCUGGAGAUGUACCAGAAAGAGAAAAAGAACAAGAAGUCGACAUCACAAGCAGAUCUGGUAGAUGGCGAAAAAACGUCCGUCGCAGAAGCAGAAGCAGCCCCUCGCGCAAGAGAGCAGCGCCUCCUUCCGUAUAUGAUUGUAAUUGGCGACAGCAUUCAUAACUUUGCAGACGGCCUGGCCUUGGGCGCUGCCUUUUCACUCUCCUGGCGCUCAGGAUUGGCUACGUCUGUGGCUGUAUUCUGUCAUGAACUGCCACAUGAGCUGGGUGAUUUUGCUGUGCUGCUGCACUAUGGCCUGUCGGUGAAGAAAGCUCUGCUGUUAAACGUGGGCAGUGCUCUGAUCUCCUUUAUCGGCCUCUACAUCGCUCUCUCAAUCCCCACCAACACUGCAGCCAACGAGUGGAUAGCAGCAGUCACGACAGGCCUCUUCCUCUUUGUGGGACUUGCAGAUAUGCUUCCCACCAUGAUGCACAUGGAAAGCAAGAAGCCAUGGUUGACACUCUUGCUGCAGAACUUGGGUUUGCUUUCUGGAUGGGGCAUCCUACUGCUACUCUCUAUUUAUGAGGACAAGAUAAAGAUCUAG